GGAAGCCAACUUCAGCGUCGUAGACCACGACGGAGGUUCCUCUUUCCCCGCCUCUACGUCUGCGCGUGCCCAGGUGAGGCUGCGGCAGGACGCACGAGUGUGACGCGCCUCACCUGAGCUCCAGGCUGCUUCCUGUCAGCUCCCCAGAGAUCCCGCAACGCGCAGAUUCUACUGGGUUCGGCUCAAGUUCGCGAUGCCGGACCUGAUCAGCGUCUCCGACUUUGUGACAGAGACCAAUGAGGACUUCAAAGCUCCGACCACCUCCAGCUUCACCACCCGAAUGCCGGAAUGCAGGAGCACGGUGACUGCCCUGGAGGAGGGCCUGGACUCGGAUGCAUCACUUCUGCACAAGAUCAAGAAGUCUCUAAAGGCCAUCCACUCGUCUGGGAUGGCUCACGCUGAAAGCCAGGAGCAUUACUUCCAGUCCCUAGAGAAGUUUGGCCAGCGCUUUCUCUCCAAAGAUGAUGAUUGUGAGAUAGGCUCAGCCUUUGUUAAGUUUUACCUUUUGACCAAAGAGCUAACAGCGCUCUUCAAGAACCUGGUGCAGAACAUGAACAACAUCAUCUUCUUCCCUCUGGAAAGCCUUCUGAAGGGGGACCUUAAGGGAGUCAAAGGGGACCUCAGGAAGUCAUUUGAUAAGGCAUGGAAGGAUUAUGAAGCCAAACUGGCGAAGAUUGAGAAGGAGAAAAAGGAACACGCCAAGCAGCACGGUCUGAUUCGAACAGAAAUCAACGCUGGAGAAAUUGCUGAGGACAUGGAGAAAGAAAGGCAGAUGUUUCAGCUGCAGAUGUGUGAGUAUUUUCUUAAAGUGAACGAGAUCCAAGUAAAGAAAGGUGUCAACUUUGUCCAAAACCUCAUAAAGUACUUCCAAAUUCAGGGCAAUUUUUUUCAGGAAGGUUUAAAAGCUGUCGAAGACCUAAAACCAUCUGUGGAAAAACUGGCAUCAAACCUGGUGACGAUCAAACAGAAUCAGGAUGGAGAGAGAAAGCAGCUGACUCAGCUCAGAGACACGCUAAAGGCAUCCCUGCAGGCCGAGCAGAAAGAGGAUUUACAAGUGAAACAGAACGCUGGUUACAGCCUCCAUCAACUGCAGGGUGACAAAGUGUACGGCACGGAGCGAGAUGGGGUCCUUUACAAGAGGAGUGAGGGCCUCCGAAGGGUAUGGCAGAAGAGGAGGUGCUUUGUGAAAAACGGCUUCCUGAGCAUCUGUCAUGGCACAUCCAACCGAGAUCCAGCCAAACUCAACCUGCUUACCUGCCAGGUGAAAAGGAACCCUGACGAGAAGAAGAGCUUCGACCUUUUCUCGCAUGACCGCAUCUACCACUUCCAGGCUGAAGAUGAGGUGGAGUGUCAGAUCUGGGUUUCUGUGCUGCAGAACAGCAAGGAAGAGGCCCUAAAUGAUGCUUUCAAAGGCGGCAGCAACGAAGGAGAAAAUAACAUUGUUCAGGAACUGACCAAAUCCAUCGUGGAGGAGGUGAAAAAAAUGAGUGGCAAUGACCGCUGCUGCGACUGUGGAGCUGCAGGUCCGUCCUGGCUGUCCACCAACCUUGGAAUCCUUAUCUGUAUCGAGUGUUCUGGGAUCCACAGGGAGAUAGGGGUCCACUACUCCAGGAUCCAGAGCUUGGAUCUGGAUGUCCUAGGGACCUCAGAAAUGCUGCUGGCAAAUAACGUGGGAAAUGCCAGCUUUAAUGGGAUCAUGGAGGUGGAUCUGGGUGCCCGGGGCAUCACCAAACCUGAUCCCAGCAGCGACAUGCAGACCAGAAAGGAGUACAUAACAGCGAAGUACACGGAGAAGCGCUUUGCCCGGCGACUGUGUGCCAGUGCUGACUCCAGGCUGAAGGCUCUGUAUGAAGCUGUCAGGAACAAGGACAUCCUGUCGCUGCUGCAGGUGUACGCUGAGGGUGUGGACUUAAUGGAGGCUGCCCCGCAGCCCAGCGAACAUCAAAUGAAGCCGGAGAAACUCCUCUGGACAUUGCAAAGCGACUGCAGCACUCUUUGUGCGAGGAGUUGCUUACUCAGGUUCAGACAGGAAAAUUCAACGUACAUGUUCAUGUUGAGUAUCAGUGGCGCCUACAAAACGAGGAGCUGGAUGAGAGUGACGAUGAAAUGGAAGAUAAACCCAUUCCAAGUCGCCGGGACGAGCGUCCCGUUAGCUGCUUUGUGGCCAGUGGUGCCCUUCAGCCCAGCCUGGCAGCCCUGGCUCGAGAUGCUGCCUCCAUGGUGCGGGACAAACAGAGACCUCCCAUCCCCAGCUCAAUGAUUAGCAAUGAAACUUAUGGCACUGCCAUUGACCUGAGUUUGCCACCACUGGGACCAAGCCCUCCUCCCCUGCCUUACAGAGGUCUGAAUAAAGGUGGGGCUGCAUCAGGAGUAGCCAUCGGUAAACCAGAAGUGGGGAGACAGCGUUCUUUGUCUGACCCCCCCAAUGCGCCCACCACAGAGAAGAACUCCUCUGCCCUUGUGCUACCAGUUGCCCCGCCUCUCCCAAUCAACUCAGGAUCAAUCUUACUGGAAACAAAAACUCUGUCAGCAAAGAAUAAUCCCCUCCCCCCAGUUCCCUCCCCGCCAGCAGGACCACCCCCUGUCCCACCAGCUCCUUCACUUCCUCCACCUCCCAUACACAAACCACCUCCCCUCCCCCCACAUGUACCAAACUACAAAAUCAGCAGACCUUUCGGACCACCCGCACCCAAGCCCCCGAUGCCCUCCCCUGGAUUAGUGAAGGAGCCUCCCCCGAGACCCCCUGUUAGAUCUGGAUCCGUGGGAAAAUCAGGUAUUCAGUCUAAAUCCCCACACAGUCCAGCUCCUCCAUUACCCAAACCCAGAAAAAACCUCUCUCAGCAGAAGCCUAAAAGGGUGAAGGCAAUCUACAACUGUUCUGCCGACCAACCGGAUGAGCUAACAUUUAAGGAGGGGGAGGUAAUUGUGGUGGAGGGGGAGGAAGACCACGAGUGGUGGAUUGGACAUGUGGAAGGAGAUCCAGGCAGGCGAGGUGUGUUUCCUGUCACCUUUGUUCACUUCAUCUCAGAGUGAUUAAUCUCUCCACAUCCUGGACCAGCAAGGAGACUUACCCACUAAAUGUGUAAUUAGCAUGCCGCCUGCAUCCUCACAGCACCUUUGUGCCUUCUUCAGACUAAGAACCUGUGCCUGCUUUCGCUUGACCUGUUUUUUGCAGAGGAUAAUAAAGUUAUGUAGGUCAAAUGCCAGCCCCUUCAACAAAGAUGUUUAGGAUUUAAACUGUACAUUAAACCUUGAAUAAAAACAUGUGCUCUGA